AUGGUGCUGAGUUUCAAGGAGAAAUGCUUGCAGGAGCUCCUUCACUUAUCACAGGGCAUGUAUACAUACGGAGCUGUGCAUUUGGAGCUGGCACUGUCAGCCUCGGUGGCUUUAAUAAUGAGGGUGGUAGCAGGAGGUAAACCAAGAUCCAGACCUGGAGACCUGAGUGAGAUUUUCCGGAUUGGCUACGAGCACUGGGCCGUCUAUGUGGAAGAUGACUGUGUGGUCCACAUGCUUCCACAAGAAUUUGAGGCCAGCAGCAUCACGUCCGUCUUCAGCAACCAGGCGGUGGUGAAAUACAGUUGUCUGGAGGACGUGCUGCAUGGCUGCUCCUGGAAGGUCAACCACAAGCUGGAUGGGACAUACCUGCCCCUGCCCGUGGACAAGAUCAUCCAGCAGACGAAAAAGGUGAUCAACAAGAUAGUGCAGUACAGCCCGAUCGAAGGCAACCGCGAGCACUUUGUCAACGACCUGAGAUGGCCCAGGAGCCAGCAGGUAGAGCACCUGCUGACAGAGGGAGCGAAGGCUGCAGGGGCGGUGCUUUCAGCCACGGUGGACAGCCUAAGGCCCAAACCAGCAAUGGCCUGA